UGUACAAUUCGUGUAACCGUCAUUUCAAAUCAGAGAAAACGGUGAAAUAGUGAGCACGAAAAAGUAUUUGGCACUGACCAGGAAGUGGAGUAAUAAUUAUUCCUUCGCAGACAAAGAGUGAAGUUCAAGGAACGUAGACGUGUAAUAUAUUGAAAACGUAAGAAAAUGUCAUUUUCCAAAGCGCGGAUACAACGAUUUAACGAAUGUGAGAAUGAUGUACCUCCACCAGGGUCUUAUGAUCCAAAGAUUGACAGUAAAGUGAAAGGUUUUGCUAUUGAAAAAUCAGAGAGAUUCCAUGAUAACAAAAGCACUGGAAGUGCUGAGUGCAAUUUAUCAGUAUGCACUAAAAACACAAAUAAUGUAGUAGCCAGUUUUAGAACGCCACAAUUACCACGAAAACAUAAUGGGGAACAAAUUCAGAGAUCCAGCCAGAAGGUAAAACCUCGCGCGCUUAUUUCUGCCAACGACCAAAAAUUAAAAUACAAUUCAGAGCAUCAACUCGCAGACCUUCAAGUAGAAUGUUCUAAUAAAGACAAAACAAUACAAGAGUUGGAAAGACAUGUUGAGGACUUGAAACAAGAAGUGCGAAAGUUAGAAUUGGAACUCGAUGAAUUACAAAACAAGCAAGCGAAAGUGGAAGAGCAACACAGAAAGGAUAUAGAAACAAUGACCAAAUUGCAACAAGAAGUUUUACAUGGCUACGAUGAAAGGCAUCAAACCGAAGUAAAGCAUCUUCGUUGCCAGUUAUCGGAAGUAUCAGAAGAGAAAGAACGCGAAAUCGAAGCAAGGAAAAUUAUGGAAGGCGAUCUUAGGAACCGUAUUGCAGAUUUCUCAAAAAGAAUAGUUGGCUUAGAAUCUGAAUUGGCCGAAAAAAAAUACGCAAAUACACAGAAGGUUCAAACUCUUGAAGCACAAAUCGAAGAAUUAACAACAAAAUUAGAAACGAUAACAGUGAGCCAUAAACAUGAAAUUAAUUUAUUGGAGCAAGAAAAAACCAAACUCAAUUCAUACAUUAGUGAUUUAACCGAUGAAAGCGAUCAAUUGGAGCUGAAGUUACAACAACGACAGAACGUCAUUUUUGAACUACAAGCGCAAUUAUCUACUCUUCAGUGUGAAUUAGAUGAAUUAAAAGCGGAAUAUGGAAAGCUUGUCGAAAAUUCUUCGAAGCAAAUGGACAGUGUUAAAUAUAAAUAUCAAGAAGAUAUUGAUAAAUUAAAAAUCAAUUUUGAAGAAGAGAACAUAAUUCUCGUAAAUGAAAAUCAAUUGGAACGAUCGCGUAGAUUAGAAAUUGAAGCUAAAGUAAAAGAUGCUGAAGGGCAAAAUAAAUUCCUCGAAGAAGAAUUAGUAGAAGUUCAAGAACUUUAUAAUAAUGUUCGUAAUUGUUUACGCCAGGCGCAACAAGAACUAGAGGAAUCUGAUAAAAAACAUAAUCUUGUAUUGAAAAAACACAAAGAGGACUUACAUAAUAUAAUGAAACUUCAUGAUGAAGAAACAUGUAAAUUGAAACAGCAAUUGGAAAAUGAAAGAUUGUAUUAUGUGAAAGAGAUAGAAAAUUUGAUGAUAGCAAAGCAUAAAGAGAUAGCUGAAAUUAAGGAAGCAGCUAUUAAACAGAUUGAUGAAGAAACGAAGCGAGUUAAGCAACAUGCUGAUAAAAUAAUAGAGAAUGCAGAGACAGUUACUAGAGAAACAUUAGCAGCUUGUCGUAACGAAUGCGAAGAAAGAGUAAAAAGAGUGAUUGCUGAUAACGAUGCAAAAGAAAAUUCUAAAUUACUUGAAGAGGAACGAAACAAAUGGAAAAGUUUGGAAAAAGCAAUUAUGGAGAAACUUGAGGAAGAAAAAGUCCGUCGAGAAGCAGUUGAAGGAGAAAUGAAAACGCUCUCUAAAUAUAAUCAGCAACUCUUAAAAGAUUAUCAAGAGAUUCAUGAGAAAUAUGCUGAGGUAGUUGGUCAUCAUAAUCACCGACAAAGAAUUAAGCAUGUGUCUCAGCUGAAAGAUAAAAUCAGUCAACUUGAACAGGACUUACAUGCCAAGAUGAGGACGAUAGAACAACAACAAAAAAUAAUCGAAAAGCUGAAAACAGAAGAAAAAUGUUCGUAUAGUAAAGGGAAGGAGAACAUCAUAGGAAUACCAAAGAACACUCACACGACUCCCGUUUCUACUCCUCAUAAACUACUAACGCCAUUACGAAAUCGGAAUGAAUAA